GAGUUGUCCAGAUAAGACUUGUGAUUAGCCUGUAGACAGACCACCAGCAGCCUGAGGUAGUGUAGCACUGAGCUGCGGCACUGGGGAGACGAUCAAAAUCUGAGCACACAAUGACCCUCACUCUACGCUCGUGUGUUGCUCUAAUCCUGCACGUGCUGGUAUGGAUGAGCACUCGAAUCUGUGCAGACGACCGUUACGUCAUUGUGUCCACGUCAUACGGCCAGGUGAGAGGGGUGACGGUUGACGAUGGAACAGAACCGAAAGUCAACAAGUUUAUGGGAAUUCCCUUUGCCAAGUCGACGGCAGGUAGUAGACGCUUUAAACCGCCUGAACCCCCAGAAAAAUGGAACGUGACCUUGGAUGCCUUGACACAAGGUCACGAAUGUUACCAGCCGAUGUUCCCAUUUUUUGACGGCAUCAUGAAACUUAGUGAGGACUGCCUCAAUCUGAACGUGUACGUGCCCCAGGGGGGCGGCUUGCAGCUGCCUGUCAUGGUGUGGAUCCACGGUGGGGGGUACAUUUCGGGGGCGGGCUGGACUUACAACGCGCCCUCCCUGGCUCGCAAGGGCGUGGUCGUGGUGACCAUCAACUACAGGCUCGGUGUCUUCGGGUUCCUGAGCACAGAAGAUGACGUCAUACCAGGGAACUUUGGCCUUCUGGACCAAAUUAUGGCACUCAAAUGGGUCAAGGCCAACAUCGCUUCCUUUGGUGGAGACCCGAACCGCGUGACCAUCUUCGGAGAGAGUGCCGGCUCCAGUAGUGUGUCCAUUCUAACGUUGUCUCCCCUUGCCAGAGGUCUGUUCACUAAGGCCAUCAUGCAGAGCGGCUCUAGCCUAACACCAUGGGCGAUAACUCUAUCUACUUCAAGUCUACCGCCAAAGAAAAUCGCCUCCCUUAUUGGAGCUAAAGUCAACUGCAGCUCAGGAAACUCCUCAGAGCUCCUGUCGUGUCUGCAGGAUGUUGGUGCUCUAGAGCUGCACGACGCUAGCAUGGAGGUGCAGGAGGAAACCGGAAUUAAGAUGCUAUUGACCCCGUGCGUGGAAACUACGUUUGGCGUGUUACCACAUCAUCCACACAAGCUCCUAAAAUCUGGCCAGUUCAACUACGUGGACACGAUUCAUGGCUUCAACUCUGACGAAGGCGGCGAGGGGAACAAAAACGGGACGUCGCGCGCAGAAUUCAGACAAUAUUUCCGGAACUUCUUUGACGCCUACAAGAUCGAAGAGGUGGACUCUCUGCUUGACGCUGUAGAACAGGCCUACCUGUACAACACCACGGACCGUCAAGACAUCAACAAAAAACUGUCAGCCGCCCGCACCGACUUUUACCACGCUGCCGCCACUUACCUGGAAAUCACGAGUCAUUCCGAGAGUGCCAGUGAGAGGAAACACUACCUGUACGAGUUUAGCUACAGGAAAAGCAUCAGUGAUCUCCCUUCGUGGGUCAGAGCCAUCCACGCCGAUGACAUACCCUUCCUCUUCCACGACUUUGUGUACCCGUUUUGGCAGAGUUCCCAGCCGCCCAGCCGUGACGACCUGCUGGUCUCUGAACAGCUGCAGACCUUGUGGACCAACUUCGCCAAGACAGCAGACCCGACGACGUCACUUCCGGUGGGCGGGGUCACGUGGCAGCCAUUUUCCGAUUGGUCAAAAAAGCGUCUGAAGAUCGACAGCCAGUCUGUGAUGGAGGGGUACGAUGGGCCGGCGGGGCUGUACGUCUACAUGAAGUUUCUAGAACUUGUGGAAAAGACGUUAAACACUGACGUCAUAGUGGGGUGAGCAUUGACGUCAAUUUAACGGACAAAAACCUUGAAAAUGUGAAAAUGCACCGCAAUUGCAAUCCGACCAGAAGUUGCUUGAUGUCAAAAUUUGUACUUGAUGUUGGUUUUCGUGAUACAUUUUUUCUUUAUGUUUUUAUGGAAAUGGUAAUCUAAAUACUGCUAAAACUCAAGUUUGUUUACGUUUGAAUAUUUAUUUGUUUGUCUGAUUGGCUACUGGAGAGAAUCUGCACUAUGUGUAGUGACGUCACAUGAUUUGUUUACUUUUUAGUACAAUAAAUGGCGGCUCCAAUACAA